GACACAAGAACGUACACGCAAUAAAGUGGACGAGGGAGCACGACGGCCAUGUGUGGUGGCGGUCGGUCUGCAGACUGCGCAAAAUCCAUGCCCGUAUCAAGGGACCCUUCUGCCACCGCCACCGCCGCCAGACCGAGCAGCAGAAGACACGGCGCUCCUCACGGGCUCCACGACGCGACCACGACGGGCAUCUCCUCGGCAGCUGCGCACCCGGCUGGCUGGGCGAGGCCGCGUCCCGGGGCUGGCAUCUGCUUUCCAGAAAGGAAGGAGGCGGGCGGGCAGCGCUGCUUCUCCGGGCGACAGCCGUUUGUUUUUGCAACCGCGCCAGCACUCCCCUCCCCCGCCUUGUGAAAAAGGGAAAGUGGCUGGACGCUGGGGGAGGGGAGGACCCCCGCCAAGAGCAGGAGCGCCGCGGCGCCGCCCCUCCCGCCGUGCGCCCGGCCCAGGAGCGCUCUGGCGCGUCACGUGGCGCGAUUCCUGGAAAGUUCUUGGAAAGCGGCCUUUGUGUGUUGCGACGGUGGGGCGGCACGGCUUCGCCGCGGGUUCCCCCCCUCCCCUUGACGUUUAUGGUUGGCGAAGCACCGGCGAGCCCGUCGCCCCCUCCCCGCUCGUGCGGACCAGCAGCGGCUCCUGCAGCGGCUCCGGUGCAAAGGCAAACAAAGCGGGCGGCGCUCCAUGCGGCGCUGCGCGUCCCCCGCCCAGCCCAACCCCGCUGCCCCCUUGGCUGCAUGUCGGCGGCGGGCCCAGGCGAGCCAGAGCUCCCUCCUGCCCGGCGGCCAGGACUGCUGGCUGCUGUGUUUGCUCAGCGUCACAUGAAUGCUUCCUGCCCCUGAGAGCGAGCGGAUCCGCCACCUGAGCCCGCGGAGAAGGCGGCGCGGGGCGGGCGAGCGGGCGCGCUGCUCCCCCCGUCUUUUGACUUUGCACCGGCGCCUCCGCCUCCCCUCCCCAGUCCAAGCUGCCCAAGAGAACGCCGAGGCGAGAGCCAAGCCCUCGCGGAGGCGAAGGUCGUUGCUGCGGCCGGGAUCCGGAUGGGCUGGGGCAACCGUCCGGACCUCCGCUGAGGGCAGGGCGCGGCUGGCUCUUCCCGCCCCGGGGCUCCCUGGCUUCCGCCCCCAAAUGACCCUGCGCUCGGCCGAACCCUCGGAUGGCACCGACCGGGCUGGAGGGGUCGAAGCGGACCGCCUGGACUCUGCCAUGCGGGAACUGAGGCGCUCAGGAUGGUACUGGGGUAACAUGAGUGUUGCAGAAGCCAAAGAGAGAUUACAAGAUACUUCUGAAGGAACGUUCUUGGUCAGAGACAGCUCACACUCGGAGUAUCUGCUUACCAUUUCAGUAAAAACAUCAGCGGGACCUACCAAUCUGCGCAUAGAAUUUCAAGACGGGAAAUUUCGACUGGAUUCUAUCAUCUGUGUACGAUCAAGGCUCCGGCAGUUUAACAGUGUGGUCCACCUGAUUGAAUACUAUGUUCUUAUGUGCCAUGACAGAAGUACUGCCCCUGAGAUGGCUUCCAAUGGAACAGUCCAUCUUUAUUUGAAUAAACCCCUCUACCGUUCAGCUCCCUCGCUACAACACCACUGUAGAAUAGCUAUUAACAGGUACACAAAAGAGAUCCAGGAACUUCCUUUACCAACUAGACUGAAGGAAUACUUGAAAGACUAUCAAUAUCAGGUAUAAGUAUAUCUUCUACCCUGCUGCCAUUAAUCCUAUUUUCUUCAGUUGGUCAAAGCCCUGAGAAUCUGGCUCCACCAAUGUGUCAUGUAAGUCACUGUUAUGAUUGUCUGUAGUGGGGGAAGAAAAUGUAACUUUCCUCAAUCAAAACAUUUGUUCACAGUAAUGCUGAUCUUUCUUAAGAGUGAUUGGUCUAUGAAAUAGCUGAGAAAACAGUGCCUGGGAAGACACAUUGCAGAGAAGUUCAUUGUCACCUCUUUUGGCCCCCUCCCCACUUAACACAUGCUCGAGUCAAACCUGCAUUUAAAAGAUUGGUCUGCCACAGUCAUAUCUAGUUUGGACAUGACAAUCUUAAAUAAUUUUAUGUUCUCAGUACCAAUAGAAGAUCAUCCUAUAUUAAGGCUUAAUUCAAAUAUUUUGUUAGUGAUGUGGCUGUCCUUGAAAAUCACUUCUGUGUGAUGGUGCCAGGUCUUGCUGCUCACCUUUGGUGAUGUCAUAGGCAUUAUCUAAUACAUGCCCGUGAGGCUUGUGCAGUCACAUUCCAUGCAGUAGUUGCAGUAGCAACCACUGCAGUAGAAGGGGGAAGAACGCAUGUUUUUUCCAGCAACUAAAUAUUGUGCUUUGUUUGAGCACUGGAAAAGUACAAUAUCUGCACAACUGAAGGGCUAAGAUGAUAAUAGACAUCUGGAUCCUAUGCAGCAAAUGACUAGCAACUGUGCAUUUAUGGCACUGUGAGCUCUUUGAAAAGUCCCUCAAUAGACCACAGAUCUCGGGAGAUAAAUCUUCAGGGAGUACAAAUACUGGUAUUGGAGAAAUUGGUGAGUUUGUAGUGUGAUGGUCUAUAGGGAAUGGGUUAACUGCUGGAUUUUUAAAUUAGUUUGGUGCUUUUUCAGCUUGUUCACUGAAUUUGUAACUUGCUCGUUUUUGUUUAUGGCAAAAUAUCACACCACCUUAGAGGAUGUUCUUUAUUUCACAAUAUUGUUGCACCAGAGUGUCUUUUCCUUUUUUUGAAAAUAUAAUCGAGCAACCCUGUCUGCUUGUAAAUAGUUUAUGAAAUGUAUGGUCCUUACUAUUCAUAUGUACUCAGAAGUAAGUGUGUUUAAGGCUGCUGUCCCAUUGGGCAAAACACGUGGAUGACUUCUAAGCGGAUAUGUUUAGGAUCAGGUUGUGAGAAAUCUAAUCACAUUGAAUUAGAGAACGAACACACUGUGCUCUUUGCAUUGAGCCGAGAUCAUCUCCCUUCUAUGCAUAGUACUGUACUACACACAGUAAUCCAGUGACAGGAAUCUUGUUCCAAAAGAAUUUCAGAACUGGAUUGGAUAAAGAAACAUUUCACUUUCUUUUUAUGAAGGCCCAGUGGGUCUCUUGUAUGUUAAGAUGAUAUAUCAAUAUUUUUAGUCAGUGUACCAAAAGCCUCCUUUUUGUUAUAGGUCCAUUUAUUGCCUAUAAUAGGCCUCCCUUGAAUGAGGCUUUAUAAAUUCCUAGACUGCAGUCUUGCAGUUGUGGUUUCCAUUCCAUGCCUGAACAUGGAUGGGGCAAUUAUGACUACUUUCUACAGUGUAGAUUUGUUUUCCUAUUUCCUUGAAAUGCAAGUGAGGUUACCUGUUAUAAAGAUUGUGUGUUCACAGCUGUAGCUGUCUGAUUUCAGAUUGUAUUCAAUAAAGUGAACAUAAUUACAAA